AUGGCCGCCGCCGCCGCGGCAGCUGCCUCCGCCGCGGCCGCCCCUGAUCCCUCCGCCCUCGCCGCCGCCGCCGCCUCCGCCGUCCCCGGCCCCGCCGCCGCGCAGCUGGCCGCCGCGGCCGCCGCGGCGGCGUUUGCGGAGCCGCUCGCGGCGGCGGUCGCGAACGCGACGGCGGCGCUUGGGGC